AUGGCUGCUCCAAGAUGGCGGACAAGAUUUGGUUCGAUACCAUUCAAAAUUGGAGCACUACAAGUUCUCAUGACAAUAGCGAGGUUCCUUCCCAGUACCGAAAUAGAGAUAAGCAGAAUAACAAAAUUCGCCGCAGCUACACUGAAGGACCGCAGGAAACGCGUAAGACAAGCAGCAUUGGAGACGCUAGCCACUGUGGCUUCUCUGAGUUCCAACGCACAAGCAUUGGAAAUUGUUGACGAAGCCACUAGGUUCGCUGCUGAUCAUCAAUACUUGAUGAACGUGGUCAGAACGAGGCUAUCCAGACGGCAACUUCCGACAAUUGAAAAUGAUGGGACGAUACGGUAUUCUUCUCCGAGAGACCAAACCGAAUACGAAUGGCUGUUGGGAGAAAAAAUAUACAGUGAUUCUUCACCGUCCUCUGCAUCGUCGUCGCAUUCCAUGAACUAUUGGUCCAGGAAUUCAAGACAUGUUGAAGAUGCUCGAUCAGAUGAAGUUUUCCCGAAUAGGGUGAGUGAGGAAAUUGAACCAGACAUCUUCCAUGCGGUACCGCAUAUCAAUAUCCAAUUUAGUUUUAAAGUCAAGGCACAGUUUAAGGAACUACUCAUUCCUUAA